ACCAGGCAGAGAAGAGAAAAAAGAAGGAAGAAUCAAAUCUACCUUCUUUCUUCUCUCGCAGAAUUUAUUCAGUAUUGUGUGUACUGUGAGAGGCUUAAGAGAGGGAAACGAAAAAUCUUUGGACAAAAAUGGAGAUAGUAAGACCUCAGUGGAAGCCUCCAACAAAUGACGUCGUUUCAACACUCCCUCUUUACCGCUCUGCUCCGUCUCUUGAAGUUAGACUCGAAGAUUUCGAGCUUUACGCCAUGGAUCGCCUUCGAGUUCUUAAAGGUAUAUCUGAUGGAUUAUCUCGCGGCAAAAAGCCAGAAGAAAUGGAAAAAUUGGUAAAAGAUCUAUGGAAAGUAAAUAUGAAGCAUUCACAGGCAUCUGAAGUACUCAACAAGGACGUUAUAUCUCACUUUGUUUUGCGUCUUGCGUAUUGUAGAACGGAGGACCUCAGGAAAUGGUUUCUUUCCAUGGAGACUGCGCUCUUUCGCAAUCGAUUUCGCCUUUUGACUGCUGAAGCUCAGAGAGCUCUAUUUGCAGAAUUUGGACUUCCAUACAAGGCAGUUCCUGGUGCAGAAAUCGAGGGUGUAAAGGAAAAGUUGGUUCAAGUUGCUCGUUCAAUUGGUCAGCCUAUACCUUCUUCUGAUGCAAUAUACUACAAGGUACCAUUCGAGGAAGUUCCAGAACUUGUAGCGGGUCGUAGAGUUUUUAUUUGCAAAGGUUAUGCUUAUGUUGCUAUGAAUCAGGUUGUCUCCCUUGUUGUGACACAAUUUCGCAGUUUACUAUCAAAGACACUCAUUCUAACAAACAGGAAAUGGACAUCAAUGAUCAGAGAAAAUGAGAAAGAUCGCUUAACUCCUAUUGUGGAAGCUCUAUGCACAAGCUAUCUGGGUCCUGACUAUUCUCAGCCUAAAGAAUUUGGUGACAUAUCAAUUAAAGAUAUUGAUGCAGUAGCUAAUAGUUCAUUCCCUCUAUGCAUGCGACAACUGUUUGAAAAACUCAGAGAGGAUCAUCAUCUAAAGCAUGGAGGGAGGAUGCAAUUAGGUCUUUUCCUCAAGGGCAUUGGCUUGAAUUUGGAUGAUGCUCUUGCAUUCUGGAAAGCAGAGUUCUCCCAAAAAGUUGGCGCAGAAAAGUUUGACAAAGAAUACGCCUACAGCAUACGCCACAAUUAUGGAAAAGAGGGAAAGAGAACAGAUUAUACGCCUUAUUCUUGUCAAAAGAUAAUAUCUUCAAUUCCUGGUGUUGGAGAUCAUCAUGGCUGCCCUUAUCGACAUUUUAGUGAAGAGAAUUUGAGGGCUGCACUCUUUAGAAUGGGAGUAAACAGUGGCGCUGUAGAGGAUGUAGUUGACAAAGUGCGAAAUAGACAUUAUCAGUUGGCGUGCACGUUGUCAUUUGAAGCUGUUCAUGGCUUAUCAUGUGAUGCUGGGAUUAACCAUCCCAAUCAGUACUUCAAUGACAGCCAAAAGAUCAUUAAAUCCAAGAUCCAUUCCUCAGAGUAAGGAGAAUCUACUAGCCACUGAUAAUUUGCUGCUUCUGCUGCCCUUCGCAGGAAAAGUUGGAUUUGAUAUGAAUGAAGCAAAAAGGAGCACAAUUGAAAUGUUUUGGAGCAAGGAAGGAGCUGCUGGAAUUUUGGAACAAAAAUACAAGCUGUUAGGCUCUUAGCCUUGGGCAAGACUAAGCAGGAAAUCAGACCAGCGAACUGAUUGUGAUAUUUUUGGCUGGUCACGACUUCUUCAACUAAUUCCAGCACGUUUUACAGCCACAUGAUGAUAUUAGACACAGUUUUUAGUGGGUAUUUUUAUUGUAUUAGUGGACCCCACUUUCUAGGGGGUAUUUAAGUCGAAAUU